GACAGGGUAACGCGGCGCACGCGCGGCGGCGAUAGCCGUCGCAAUGGCGCCUCCGCAGCAGGUUCGGGUGUUGCGGUGCUCCUGCUGCCGCCUCUUCCAGGCGCACCAGGUGAAAAAGAGUCUCAAAUGGACAUGCAAAGCUUGUGGAGAGAAGCAGUCAUUUUUGCGGGCUUACGGUGAGGGCUCUGGUGCUGACUGUAGACACCAUGUCCAAAAAUUAAAUCUGCUGCAGGGACAGAUUUCAGAGAUGUCACUCAGGUCUCUGGAAGAAUCCAUAAAUGCCAAUGAGGAGGAAAAUGCACGUCCUCGGCAGGCUGUGCCUGCAAUCCUGCAGGAAAAACUCCAGCCCUCAAAGAACCGCUGGCUGAAGUAUCUGGAAAGGGACUCCAAAGAACAGCUGGAAGAAGGAGGAGUGUGUUUCAUCAGACAGCCCUCAUCCAAGAGAGAGAAGCCAGACCCUCCCUUCAGUACAGGCCUGCCUAGAAAAAGGAAAUGGAGCCAGAGCACAGUCCAGCCUCCAUGCAGCCCUAAUAUCCAGGACUCCAGAAACUGUGAGGUCACCUUGAAGUCCCUGAAGCCAACUCCUUUCUCUGGCCUGCACUGUUUCCCUGCCACGCUCCUCCUGUCACUGAUGUUAACUCGGGGUCAAAAGGGCAGCUUGAUGCCUUGGAGGCAAUCAAGAUUGACCAGUAGGGCUGUUCUGCAUCAGGACCGUUCCCUUCAUUCUGCAUGGAGUACCGGGUCUUUGUCAGACUGUUCAGCUUGGGACCUGCCCUGGGUUUCUGAGGAACUGUCACCUUCAUUUAUCCAGGACCACACUGGCCUGACAGGGAAGGUCAAAGAAGGAAGCAGUCGUGAGGACUGGGACACCAGGGAGCUCGUCGUUCCUCCGGGGGAACCACCAUGUCCUGCCCAGCAGGUCAGGACCGUGUCUCCUAAGUGGGAACAAUUUCUUCCGCCACUUGGAAACAGCUCACAUUUGGACACGGAGCCCCUGACCCCCCUGCAAAGAGGCCCCAGGCCAGCUCGAGCAGCACGGACUGAGCGGGGGACCCCCAGGACCCAGACCCCAAGGGAAGGCCUCUGCAGGACCCUUGGUGCACUCCAGCUUCCUCAGGCUACACACACUCCCACGCCUGGGCCCAAGAGGCUCUGUGGAAAGACCCCUGAGCAGUCAGGGGGCACAGGCCCUUGGGCAGAGGGUGGGGCCUUGGUCAAAGGGAUGCAGGAGCCUUCUUCACUCCUGCGACUAUAUGACCUCUUUAAAACCGGAGAGGACUUUGAUGACCAUCUGUGAAUUGAAACUAAUGUGUUACUAAUGUAGACAUAUUUGUUAAGUGAGCCCUUCUCCACUUGAUCUCUGUGCCACUGGAAACAGGGCUCCCCAAGUUUCUUUUAAAUAGUAGGACUAAGGAUGACUUAUGGGAACUACCAAGAACCAACAAUAAACAUGACUAUCAAACAGA